AAGGCUCCUGCCUGAUCAAUGUCUGGUCCUGCCCUCGUCCUCCUCCUCGUCCUCCGAACCUGCCAUGUUUCAGACCAUCUCCUCCUUCCUACCAUCUACCCUCCAGCUCAGUAAUGACAAGGCCGCACAGGUCACGGCGGACGCCGCGAAACCCCAGGAGGCCCCACAGUCCGAGCCCACUACAGCCAUGCAGCGCGCCGCGGAGGAGCAGGCAGUGAAGAGGCAGAAGGAGCGCAAGAAUGAGUCUUUCAUAGUUGUCCGCCCACCACCGUCGAAGUCCAAUCAUCCCCUCAACCUCCAAGUUCAGCUCGUACCCCCAAGUAACAAGGAUAAAGAGGGCCGGUCCAGUCGACCGAGCAGUCGACAUUCGAUGGACUCUACCGUCGACAGUGAAGUCUCGCUUUCACGAACACCCUCCAAUCGAUCUGAAGCAUCACUGUACUCAUCCUACUCCUCUACCGGCUCCCUUUCGACGCUGGGUUCGACAUCCUCAACAUCUUCCGGCCGCCGCAUGAUUAUCCCACUUUACAACCUCCAGGCACACAACGUGAUGCAGAACGUGAUCGUGGACGCAGGAACCGAUGCGAAGAUCGCAAAGUUCAUGAAGCGUGGGUUGGAGGUGAUCGGCCUUGCAGUGCUUGAGCCGAUCGAGGUGUGGAGCGGGGGUUCGCUCGACAACGACGGGCGACCGCGGAUGAGCCUCGACUAUGCUCAGGGGCUUCUUCCCCCAGGAUCGAAUACGCCGACGUCGUCGUCCGCCGCGUCGCUCGCUUCGGAGAGCACGCAUGAUCCCCCCGCACCAGUGCCUAUUCCCGCACCAGUGGCGACACCGGCAUCGAUUAGCUCGUCGAGCGGGCGACCCGGCACGCCGCGCAAGUUUUUCGGCAAGCUGUUCAGCGGCAAGAAGAAGGACACGUCGUCCGUCGGCGGGCCCACUCCGCCGGUCACCCCGACAUCACCCAUCCCGCAGCUUUCGAUGGAUCCGAGGGUCUCGAAGCGCUCGUCCCUCCUCUCCGCCCACGGGCACCCCGUCCUCCCCAGCGUAUCACCAGAGUUCCCGCUGCAGCCGCCCGUGCUGGGGAUCCAGCCGACGCUCCGGUCGCCUGUGGUGCCCCCGCGCGGCCGGCCGUACAAGUACGUGUGGGUCGUGCGGAAGUGGCUCAAGGGCGAGCCGGAGAGCAUGCUCGGCGGGAUGCGUGAUCGGUUUGAUGUAGUGCGCUCGUCGACGCUCGCGCCCUCCGGCGGGAUCGAGGCGAAUGUGGAGGUGCGGCUCGAGUGGACUCGGGGGAAGAAGCGCGCUGGGGAGGGCGAGCGGCUCGUACGGAAAGGGAGCAGACGGAGGAGCGUCGGUGCGGGCUCGUCCGCGAUGCCGUCGUUGCAGCAGCCGCAGACGCCGGUCACGCCGAUCACACCGGUGACUGCAGGCUUUGUCCCGUCGCGGAAGAACCGGACGCGCUCACCAGGCGACGGGGGCCCUGGGGGCCGUCGGUCGAUGGACUCGGUGCGCUCAGUAUCGCCCGGGCCUGCGGCGAGCAUCACGACGGGCGAGUCGAAUACUCAGGAGAACCCAGAGGACGACGGGGAGGAGUCGGAUCCAGAAGACUCGGAGACGCCAUGGACGUGCACGCUCGUCGUCCGGCGACUGCACCCGAUCGUGAACCCUCAGACCCCGACGCCCCGCUCACCGCUUGCGGAUGAGCCCGCACAACCUCAGAGUCUACGUGUGAAGGUCGCCGCAGUCGUGCCGACGCCGCACCACCCAAAGGUCGUCGCGCUCCUGAAGGUGCCGUUCCCGCUGCCGGACGUGGAGAUCGAGCACGUCGCGGUGCGGCGGCGAAUUGUGACGCCCGCGGGCCUCUCGCGGCCCGCGCCUGACGCAGUGCCAGAGUCCGCAGGGAGCGGGAGCGGUCAGAAGAAGUUCUGGUCGGCCUCCGGUAAGGAAAACGGCAGCGGGAGAGCGGAGGCGGGACGCGCGUCCGGGAUAGUGUUGACGGCGGAGGAGCUCAAGGACGUCGUGUCGUGUACGGGCCUCUGGCUGGUCGUCCGAGAAGGCUUUGGUGGUGUCGGGAAGGAGAGGCGGAAAGGCGAUGGCUGGAGGCUGCGCGGAUGAGCGCGGCGUAUGAGGUUAUGCAAGGGCCGAUUGCGGACUAAGCAAAGGCGCGCUUGCCUGAUGAUGCGCAUCUAUAUCGCGGUGUAAGGUGGAAGGGUCUCUGCGCUGUAUGUUACCCAUUCGGUUUUCUUGCAGGUGAUACCAUACCAUAGUAAUAGUUGGAAUCUGGUUUCUUCGUUCACAGUCCCAGUGCAAUGUCAUUGUCCACGACAGUUUGAUCAUAUCCAAUACCACAUGCUCACGCAAACGGAGCAGCAUUCUCUUCGGCUU